UCCGUCGGCGGCGCGCGGCGGUGCCAAGUGCGCAGCAGCGCUGGGAGCGCGGAGUUCGUCUGUAGCUGCCCCGCACGCCACCGAUCCGCCCGCCUCGGCGGUCUGCCGCGUUCCUCGGCCGCGGGCGGUUCCAGGUCCGUGCAGCGGGGAAUGGACGCUGCAGGCCUCACCCUGAAGCUUAUUCUGGUCGGAGACAGCGCCGUGGGGAAGUCCAGCCUCCUGCUGAGGUUCACUGACGGGACGUUUGAACCAUGCCUGAAACCCACCAUCGGUGUUGAUUUUAAAGUGAAGAAAAUGGUGGUAGACGGCCGUGCAGUACAGCUUGCAAUAUGGGACACCGCAGGACAGGAGUGCUUUAGAACACUGACUCCCAGUUAUUACCGAGGAGCUCAAGGGGUUGUUUUAGUGUAUGAUGUUACAAGAAAAGACACUUUCGUAGGACUAGAGAGCUGGCUGAAUGAGAUGGAAAUUUAUACCGCCAAAAGCAACACUGUGAAGAUGUUAGUUGGCAAUAAAACUGAUCAGCCUGAUCGUGAAGUAGAGAGAAGAGAAGGACUCCAGUUUGCUAGGAAACACUCACUGCUUUUUAUAGAGACCAGUGCCAAGACUCAGGAUGGAGUGCAACAUGCCUUUGAGGAACUAGUCAUAAAGAUCCUGCAGACACCAGGUCUUUGGGAUAAAUGCGCAGAGAAGCAGAGUCUCCAGCUAAUGGAAUCUUCAACACAUCGGGAUAAAAGUUCAUGUGGUGCAUACUGUUCACUUUCUUAAAUCUACAAGUGGCUGUUCUGUCAAGAGUUGAGUGGACUUGUUUUUAACAAAAAAACAAAGCAAAACAAAAAAACACAGAGGUGGGAGAGUGGGAAAAGUUCCAAGCACCAGUUUGCCUUGUUUGAUCUGCCACCAGUUCUGUAGAGCCCGAAACUAAACUGAUGAGCAGAAUACAUUUUUGUUCAUUAACAAAAUACAGUUUCUCCUUCCUGUAUGCACAAUUGGUAUCUCCAGAUAUUUUUCUCAUAACUGUCAGAAUUUUUCUCAAAACAUAGUGCUGCUUAAUGGCAUUCAACAUACCUUUUCAGAAAAUCCAGCCUUAGCAUAAAAUAACAUAGUAUUGCGUUUUGGAAUAUUAAGAAGCCCCAGAAUGGCAUGAAAGUCAUCUGCCCAUCAAAGUUCCCUUAAAUGUAGUUAAUAGUCAGGACUCAUAGUGAGCAGUGACAUUGUUUCCCUAUUUCAGCUGGUUUAAGGCAGCUGCAAUUGCUACAUGAUACCUGGAAAUAAGUUGUAGAGUUGAAGUGAAGAUGCAUUUCGGUUAACAUUUGGGAGGGAAAAAAAAAAACAAACCAUGUUUCCUGUGCAGUAGUUGUAGGGCACCUGUUGCUGCUCUUGAAUACUUUGUAGUGAGGAUCAGUGGUGAAAACGGAGUAAUUAUUUUGGGCUGGUUUACGCUGUGGGUCCUUUGCAGUUAACAGAGUUCCCUGCAAACCCAUGUUCCUACCCUCAUUCAGCAAUUGGAGGGCUAAAACUAAUAUAAAAUGUGCUGAUUAUGAAGUAAUUCCCACUAAGCUGAGUCCGUUUCGAAGUUCUGUCAGGUGACUGCCUCUUUUUACCUUUUCCCCAGCCAUUAAACUUGCUUCCUUUUCCUGAAAACAAAGCCAGUCACAGCAGCUGUUAGCCUAUACUGAUCUUGGUAGCAGCGCCUCUAGCAGACUUCUAGUGCCUGCAACACUGUAAAAGUAUCAAACCCUUGGGAACAAUAUUAAAAGCCUUUGAAAUGUAAACUGAAGUGCUUGUAAACAAGUGACAAAUUUAAAUACAGUCCUUUUUUAAGAUGCAUUUUUUGACAAGUCUUCACUAUCGAUUUUAUAUUGGUGGGAGUGCCUUCCUGAGUACCAGCAGUGAUAUGUCACAAGUGCUACCACAACACAGCUGAAGACAAAGCAUAUAAACUUCAAGGUCGUUCUGGGACUAUUCUAGCCUGUUCUCUGCAAAGUUGUUCUUUGUGAAACUGAUUUCUUCUGUGAAAAGUGUGCCUUUACAAUUGUUGAUAAAGGGAACAGAAAUAUCCGUAUUGGGUUUUUGCAUCAGCUUCUCUGUCUUGCAAUGGGGUUUCUUUGACUGCAGGCAUUUGCAACUAUAUGUAUACAUAUUUGCCUUACAAAUAUAAUUUCAAUAGCCAGAAGAUGUUUUGAAAUGUUUAGUGUUGUGUGGGGUGGGUUUUUUUGUGUUUUUGUUUUGGUUUGGUUUUUUGUUUGUUUGUUUUUAGUAGCUUGAAUAAAGGCAAGCAGAACAAUAAAAUAAUUAACAUGACCGUGGAAAACCAA